AAAAAAGAAAGGACUUUUAAAAAGAAAAAAAAAAAAAAAGCCAGCUCUUUUUUCAAAUACACCCUUGAAACACACACACAGAAAUGGGGAUUGUGAACAGAAGCCAGUCUGUUCUCCGUCUGGAAAUCAACCUACUUCUAUUUUAUAUAGGUGCCAUAAGGUCCUGUAUUGUCUCUGUCAAGCAACCGGGUUACCUAGAGGUGGACUACACGCACAAGGCUGUCACCAUAGAAUGCACCUUCUCUACAAGUGGAUGCCCUUCACAUCAACCACUGAGCCUGUGGUUUCGAUAUGGCGUUCACCAAGCUGAGCACCUCUGCUCGGAAACAUGCAGAAGUGAAGCUGAUAAAUUCACAACGAGCAAAGUUUUGGACAAGAACAAAGUUUCUCUCACUAUCAACAGGCUGAGUUCAAAUGACAGUGCAAUUUACAUCUGUGGAAUAGCAUUUUCUGAUACAGGGGCACCAAGAGCCAAGCAAACCGGGCACGGGACCACACUGGUGGUAAGAGAAAGUAAGCUUCUCAGCAAGGAACUGCAGAGUGUCUUCAUAGCACUCUUAGUCCUGCUCUCAAUCUUUAUUAUUGGCAUAUGUGUGAUCUUCGGAGUUCUCUCCAAAUCAAAAUCUAACACUCUAAAAACCAAAGAAACAAAAGAAGAUUCACAAAAGAAGAGAAGUGCUCGGCGUAUUUUUCAAGAAAUUGCUCAAGAACUAUACCAUAAGAGAUAUGUGGAAACAAGCCAACAACCCGAAAAACAGUAACCUGACCUUUAGGAUUAUUGGAAGGAUACCAGAACCCAGAAUACAAGACCGCACAGUAGGUUAUAUGUUGCUUGGAGGAUGGCAUCGUUGGUUACAUAACCAUAAACAUGGCUCGUUAUUUACUACUACAGGAGAAAGACAACACUUAUGAAAACAGAGGAGCAUUUUCCAAUUAUGAAAGACCAUAGAGCCACUGAAAAUCCAACUGCGAAUAGACCACAUACAUCAAAACAACAAUCAAAGGUAAAUGGAUUACAUUUGUGGCUCGCUGUAAAAAAGGAUGGCAGGGUAACAAUGAAGCUAAAAUUAACAAAAAUUUUAAAAUACAAAAAUCCAACACAAUACAACUAAAAAAAUUUUCCUAAUUUGCCAAGAAAAUUCUAAAUGGCCUAACAUUUUCAACAGUAUUUCAGCUUAGCAUUAAAAAAAAAAAAAAAAAAAAAAAAACUUGGGGCUGGGGAUUUAGCUCAGCGGCAUAAGUGCCUGCUUGCAAGCAAGCAGUCGUGAGUUCGAUCCCUGGUACCGAUAAAAACAAAAAAGACAAAAAAAAAAAGAAGAACUUUUAUACUAUGCAUCGUGUUUGCUUUGUUUAACAUAUAAAGCUUUGGAAUGGAUAUUAUAUUGAAGAAGAUUGGAAGUCAAAUCACAUUCCUCAAUCUUAAGUGGAAGAGCUGUCUUUAUGAGUUGUGAAAAUGAUGAGAAGAUUAGAAUCAACAAGGAAGGGAAAAAGGAGAGUGAAAAGUGUCAAUAAUUUGAGUUUGAAAAUUUCAUUUUGAAAAGUACCAUGGAGCAAAAAUUAUUUUUUUUGGUAUUAUAAUAAUCCAACAGUAUGGUGGAUUUUCCUGCCAAAAUAUGCAAAAUAACUUAUAUCUUGCUACCAACAAAAGUGAGAACAGAAUAGAUGAGCACAGGAGGGAAGACAGAGGAAGAGGAAGUAAAAAGGAUGAAGAUUUGCUAUAUAUAUGUAACCAAUUCCCCAUGAUGAAUGUACUUAUUAUCAGCAACACAUACUAAUAAAAAAGAGGGAUUAAUGAGCAAUAAAGAAAGAAAAGAACAUAAACACUGCAUCGAAAUACAGAAAAUCCAAAACAGAAGGUUAAAUGGAGAAAACCUCCCAACAAAUGAACUACAGCUGACUCUAGAUGUCAGUGUUGUAUUAAAGACAGCACCAGGGAAGCUGAGGGCCUCGCACUGACUGCACAAGGCCUUUGCAACAGUGACGUUUAACCAAUUUCGGAGGGAAGUAUCAAACGGGACUGCUGCAGAGAAGACAUUUAUUGACAUCAGUAUCAUUUCACUAAGAAAAAUGUAAUUUGGAUUGUUCUUUGAAAGUUGCUUACUUGUAAACAAUCUAAAAUACUCCAGUAUACACUGUUAAACAUCAAUUAUAAUGCAUUAUGUUUAUUUCAUUAAGGUGUUUCUUUUAAGCUGGCACUGAGACAUAUUCUUUUUAAAACCCAAACAUACCUUUUAAAUAUUUUUAGAUUGCUUUGAAAGUAUUUUACAUUAACAACUCAAAUCAUACUUGGAUAGGGGAAAGGAAAAAAAGGAAGGGAAAAGGAAAAAGAUAUAAAGUUAUAUAUAUACAUGUAAGAUAGCUAAAAUGACUAUACGACUCAUUGUAUUAGUUCUUGGAAAAGCACAGUUAAUAUUCAUAUGAUUAGAUCAAUUUUGCAUGUCUAUAUCUGGUAAUCUAAGCAACCUUCUUGAAGGUAACAAUAUGCAAUAUUACAAUCAUUGUCAAAUUCCUAUCAUCUUGUUUUGUAAACCUAUACUGUUAUUGUUUUGGGUUUGUCUGUCUCUUUUGCUUUUUGUUUUUCUUUUCUGGGUCUUUUUUUCUCUUGAAUUAAAAAAAAAAAAAAACCUUAAAUCAUAGAUAUCAAACCUUUCUGACAACACAUGCCCAGGAAAAUAGAAAGGAGCAGGAAAGGAGAGGAACAAGCAUAUAACUUCAUUUUAUUUCUAUGUAUACACAUGUGUUGAAUGCAAUGUAAGCGCACAUAUGUACAUGUGUUGUAUGUGUAUGUUGUGUAUAAUGUAUAUACAAACAAAUAAAGCAAUGGCAUAAACAGCAUAAAUAAAAAUGUUAAUAUUUUCUCUCUA